GACAAUCGUUUUCCUUUAGUAACAGAUCGUCAUUUGAUUAUUUAAGCAGCGAUGGGAACUUUUCAGUUUUGUUUAGGUAUUUUAUUUUGUUCCAGCCUCACAACUUCACAGGCUUUUGAUCCUGGUUGUAGUUUCUAUAACGGCCAAUGUGUAUACAACGUAAAAUUGGGACAUGCGGGACAGUGCGACACUGUGGCCACUAGGGCUGUUGUCAAUCACACAGAUGGAAACACGGGAUCUUCGAGUGGUUUCCAGAGUUGUUCUUGCAAGGACAUAGACGCUCUGAACCAGAACAUCAAUUCGCUGAACAACAACAUGGGAACGCUACAGUCAAACUUUGACAAGCUGGCCCGUGCCCUGAACGUCACACAAGAGCAGCUGGGUAUGAAGGAGUCCCUGUUGACAAUUAUGAUGCUGGAGAAACAGAACCUCAGUGCCUCGCUGACAUAUCACCAGAUGCUCCUGAACACAAGCCAGGUGGACCUCGCUAACAUGGUUUCCACGAUGAGUGUCGAGAUGGACAGGCUGAGGCGGGAGCUGCUGAACACAAAUGACAAGCUGACCACGUGCCAGACGCAGCUGAACCUCUUGGACUCGCAACAGACCAAACUUCCAACGCUCUAUGGCGGGUUCAGCACCUUCUUUUGUGGAUUUGAGGACUCGAACAACUGCAAUUUCACCCUUGACUCAUGUACCCAAGCAGAUGUUGAGUGUUGGCAUCAAGGCACUGGCCGCCAGGACCUGAACUCGGGACCGGUUGAGGACCACACCUUUGGUGCUCCCUCUGGGCAUUAUAUGUACAUUGAUCCGACGCUGAAGCCCACGUAUCAAUCAAGUUCAAGCUCUAGCCAUCAGAUUUCACCACGUAAAGCAAGAAUGACGUCACGGAUGUUCCUGCCAAGCAACGAUUACUGCAUACGAUUUUGGUACACCAUGCACGGACAAAACAGUGGCGUUUUAAAAGUGUAUGCGCAGAUUGGAGGCGGGGACGGGUACCCGAUUUUCUCCAGAUCGGGCGACAAAGAUUCGGACUGGCACAUGGCCGAAAUUUCAUUGGAUUCCGAGUACACAUCUGUACCAUUCAAGUUAGUCGUGGAAGCAUCGACCAGCUCUUACUUCAUCUACACUGGCAGCUCCUACCACACCAACCGCGACACCGCCGGCUACACUGCCGUGGACGACAUCUAUGUAUACAACACUUCAUGCUCUGCUCUCCCAAAGUGCCCGGCUGGCGCUCGAAAGCUGAUCACCGGAAACGACACCUCCUGCUACACGUUCCACAUCACGGCAUUGAGCUGGUAUGAAGCCGUCAAGGUGUGCAAGUCGGAGGCGCCCAAUGGUCACCUCGUCAGCGUUAAUUCGCGCAAGGAGCAGGAGUUCCUGGUCGACACUAUUCAGACCGACUCAGCAUACUCCGUAGCCGGUCAGCAUGGCUGGUACACGAGCGGAAAUGACGAGCGAGCGGAAGGGAAUUUCGUGUGGACGGACACCGGUCGUCCCUACAGCUUGAACUACACGAACUGGCACGUGGGACAGCCCAACAACGUGGGCAACGUGCAAAACUGCCUCCUCUUGCAGUACGGACAGAACGGCUACGAUUGGGGCGAUAUAGCGUGUACAGAAAAACAUCCUUUCAUUUGUGAAAUUCGCAUGUAGAGACAUGUUAAAAAUAUACACAUUGAAAUCGGUAA